AUGCCGGCUGGUCAUGGAGUCCGGGCGAGAACGAGGGAUCUGUUCGCGAGGCCGUUCAGGAAGAAGGGUUACAUUCCUCUAUCGACGUACCUGAGGACCUUCAAGGUCGGCGACUACGUCGAUGUUAAAGUGAAUGGUGCGAUCCACAAGGGUAUGCCUCACAAGUUCUACCAUGGUCGUACCGGCCGAAUCUGGAACGUCACCAAACGCGCCGUCGGUGUCGAAGUCAACAAACAGAUUGGGAACAGGAUCAUAAGGAAGAGGAUCCAUGUGCGUGUGGAGCAUGUGCAGCAGUCGAGAUGCGAAGAGGAGUUCAUUCUGAGGAAGAAGAACAAUGACGUGCUCAAGGCUGCAGCCAAAGCCAAGGGUGAGACCAUCAGCACCAAGAGACAGCCCAAAGGCCCCAAACCUGGUUUCAUGGUUGAAGGCAUGACCUUGGAAACCGUCACUCCCAUCCCUUACGACGUCGUCAACGAUCUCAAAGGAGGCUAUUAG